AUGUCCUCCUCAUCAUCUUCAUUGCUGGAAAUGGAGAUCUUCCAGUAUAUUGAUGCACAUCGAAGUGAUUUUAUCAAGGAUCUGAAGGAAUGGGUGGCUGUGGAAAGCGAUUCUGUUCAGCCACAUCUGAGAAAAGAAGUAAUGCGAAUGAUGGCUCUGGCAGCAGACAGACUUGCAGCACUGGGAGCCACUGUUAAUUUAGUGAACUUGGGGUCACAUCAGCUGCCUGAUGGCCAAGUCCUCCCACUGCCUUCUGUGAUUCUUGGGGAGCUGGGGAAGGAUCCACAAAACCCCACUGUGUGUUUCUAUGGUCAUGUGGAUGUGCAGCCUGCCAAGAAGGAAGAUGGAUGGAACACUGACCCCUACACACUGACUGAAAUAGAUGGAAACCUCUAUGGGCGUGGAGCAACAGACAAUAAGGGACCUGUCCUAGCUUGGAUAAAUGCAGUGGAAACAUUUAGAGCCUUGAAAUUUGUUAUGCCAGUGAACUUCAAGUUUGUAAUUGAAGGCAUGGAAGAAGCAGGAUCCUUGGGGCUAGAGAAGCUACUUGAGGAAGAAAACCAGAGGUUCUUCUCUGAUGUUGAUUAUAUUGUAAUUUCAGACAACCUGUGGCUCAGCAACAAAAAGCCUGCCCUUACCUAUGGCUGUCGGGGAAACGCCUGCUUCUUUGUGGAGGUUGAAUGUGGCAGCAAGGACCUUCACUCUGGAACUUUUGGAGGCAUCAUUCACGAGCCGCUGCUGGACCUGAUAGCUCUGCUGGACAGCCUUGUGGAUUCCACAGGUCAUAUUCAGAUCCCUGGAAUCUACGAGAGUGUUGCUGCCCUGACGGAGGAAGAAAGGAAAUUAUAUGAAUCAAUUGAAUUUGAUCUAGAGGAACAUAGAAAAAACUGUGGUGUGAAAAAAUUCCUUUAUGGCACCAAGGAAGAAAUACUUCUACACCUGUGGCGUUACCCCUCUCUCUCUAUUCACGGGAUUGAAGGAGCUUUCCAUGAACAAGGCAUUAAAACAGUCAUUCCAGCAAAAGUAAUUGGCAAAUUCUCAAUCCGUCAGGUCCCCCACAUGGACCUUUCAGUUGUGAAAAAACAGGUGGUGAAACACUUGGAGGGUGUCUUUUCCAAGAGGAACAGUCCAAACAAACUGAAAGUGUCCAUGCCUUUGGGUGCAAAGCCCUGGCUUGCAGAUGUUAAUGAUCUGCUAUAUAAAGCAGCAAGAUGGGCAAUAAAAACAGUUUUUGGAGAAGAUCCAGAUUUCAUUCGUGAUGGCUCAACGAUUCCUGUUGCCAGAAUGUUUCAGACUGUAACACAGAAAAGUGUGAUGAUGCUUCCCAUUGGAGCAGCUGAUGAUGGGGAGCAUUCCCAGAAUGAGAAAAUAAGCAGACACAACUAUAUUGAAGGAACCAAAUUGUUUGCAGCAUUUUUCCUGGAGAUAUCAAAGCUACAUCGGAACUUACAUGAAACUUCCCACACAGAGGCUAUCAACUGA